AUGGCGCUUACGGGCGUCUUUGUCCUCCCCUUGUUCACGUCCUCGGCGGAGUUGGACAGCACGAUGACCACCAAAGUCAGCGAAGGGCUGCUCUCUCGGCACUCAAGCUUCUUUUCCAUUCUCGAUCUUGGAAUUUUGCCCAUUUGCUCCAAGUUCGUCUCAAGUCCGAAACCCCUGGUGUCGUCGGUGGAGCGACAGCCAGGCAACCCGCUUACUUUGACUCAUCGAGUCUGUGGCAGUGCAAAAUGCAUGGUGGGAUCCUCGCUCGUGUUGGUCAAGAACAGAGUCAAUGCGCCGUUUUAG